AAGACCACUGUACAGAGAUUCUCAACCACGCCCCAUGCUCUCAAUGGAGUGUCCCGGCUUGGACAUUCAGCUGGUAAAGCUUUUUCUUAUACCCCUGAUAAACUUUUUUGGCAAGAGACUAAUGCCCACUUGCUUUUUCCCUUGGUAUGACAGUUUUCAGCACUUUCGGCAAACAAAGAACGUUGACCAGCGCCAUUUAUCAGUACAGAGCCGCCAAGUCCGCCUUCCAUACCUCCGUUAAAGCUGCUACGGCUACUGCCGAUGUUGCUGAGGUUAUCGAUGCCGCUAUUGCUCAAGAUACCCCCAAGAACUUUGAUGAUAUCAAGCACCUUAAUCCAUUAACACAGCAAGCUCUCGACAAAGUGUUCAAAUACAAGGCAAUGUCCAAGGUUCAGGAAGCUGUUCUUGAACGUUUGCCAUUGGAGAGGGACAUGUUCGUCAAGGCAAAAACUGGAACCGGAAAAACUCUUGCUUUCCUUAUACCAGCUUUGGAGUCUUCCUUUGGAGGUCAGGACUUCAAGGAUAUCAAGAAGUCCGUUGGUACCUCUAUCCUGAUUGUAUCACCUACUAGAGAAUUGGCCCAACAAAUUGCAGAAGAGGCACGCAAGUUGACCAAGUUUUACCCUUGCAAGGUUCAUUGUUUGGUGGGUGGAGAGCCCAAGCGACAGCAGAUGCGCAACCUCGAUCGUGAUCGUGCUGAUAUUGUCGUCGGUACGCCUGGCAGACUGAUCGAUAUGCUUCGUAGUGUUCGUCAUUUCAAGCGAUCCUGCGAAUCCAUCCAAACUUUGAUUCUUGAUGAAGCUGAUCAGCUUUUGGAUAUGGGUUUCAAGGACGAAAUUCAAGAUAUCUUGCGCGAAAUCCCUGAAAAGCGUCAAACUCUCUUGUUUUCAGCUACUUUGACUCCUCAAAUUCGCCAAAACAUUGUCCAAUUUGCUCUCUCCGAGGAUCACGAAGUAUUGGAUACCGUCGACCCCAACGAAAUCAACACCAACUUGCAAGUCAGACAAGAUUAUUAUGUUGCUCCCUUUGCUGAUCAAGCCGCCGUCAUUAGCAAUAUCAUCGCCAACCGUGACGCUGCUUUGGAAGGCAAGACCAUGAUCUUUUUACCCACCACCAGGAUGACAGAAAUGUAUGCUGAAGUGUUCCGUGAGCUGUUGGGUCCCAAGCGUGCUAAGGAUAUCUAUGAACUCCACUCCAAGAAGACUCAAUCCAAGCGCAACCGCAUUUCUGAACUUUUCAGAAGUGCACGUCCCGGCUCUGUCUUGUUCACAUCAGAUGUCUCAGCUCGUGGUGUCGAUUACCCUGGUGUCAAGCUUGUCAUCCAAGUGGGUGUCCCUUCGUCUAGAGAACAAUACAUUCAUCGUCUUGGACGAACUGGACGUGCUGGCAAGGAAGGUGAAGGCAUUAUCGUCCUUGCUCCAUUUGAAGAAGCUUUUGUUCGCAACGAGGUUGCUGACCUGCCCCUUGUAAAGCAAGACACCAAGUCGAUGCUUGCUGAUGUCGAUGAUGCAAGAGAAAUCAUUCAUGAAGCGGCUGCCAAACUUCCUGAGAGUUUUAUCAAUGAUGCCUACAUGUCAUUCUUGGGAUACUGUAAGUUUUUAGAAAAUAACAUGGUGGUGAUUGUAAAUCAAUUUGGCUGGACACGGUACUCAUGACGCUCCUCUUUUUUUCUCAAUUUUAGAUUCAUCCCGUAUGCCUCUCCUUAACCAACCUAGAUCAGAAACCUUGGUCCACGGUGACCACUUCAUCCGUGGGUUUGGUGUGACUGAAGUACCUUCAUUAAGUCCAAACUUGUUGGCCAAGAUGGGACUU